AUGUAUCAAACUCCGCUAAAUACACUCCCGCCCCUCACGUUCCUCUCCAAAGUUCUUUUCACCCCCCGGAACUACCGCCGUUCAUUCAUGUCCCUAACAAGAUCACAUAGCCAGUGGCCUGGAGGCAUCCCUUCUUUCAUUCGCCGACACGAAGAACCCGUGGCCCGGGAGAAUUUUGACGCUGCCUCUCGUGCAUGGAGGCAUUUUGUUCGUGAGCAGUGGGUCGGCGGCGACGGCGCGGAUCAACUGAAACGAGCGUUGAUCGAGCGCUGGGCAACAGCAGACCAACAAUUUCGUGAUAGCUAUCAAUCCCGGGCACCAGAGAACGAGCCUAGUUUCUUUGAAGGUCCCGAACUUGCAGAUAAAACUUUCGGAGCAAAUGACGUUCAAAGCUCCUGCAUGGUCUACUUGUGCCCCACCCAAUUAACCCCCGAAAAAGAAGCCCUGCUCACCAAGUGUAUCCUGGGAUUAUUCCCAUGGGAAGACGGCUGGUACUUUCUAGCGGACGAAAUGAUAAUGUUUGUUCCCCCGGAAGACAAUCAAGGGGAUAUUCUCGAGACAUUCAAACUCCAUCAAAGUGUCGCCCGGCCCAACUUCCUCGAUAUGCACAUGGCGCUCGAUGGAACUGUUCUUUUCAGAGACAACUCCCCCAAGCUCAUUAUCGAUGACCGGACCCUUGAGACCGGACUUGGUCUUUGGGCUGAGUUCGCAACGAACGGUAUCUACGAGAAAGCCCGUCGGGGUCAAAUUAUGAUGGAGGAAUUCGCCCACUUUUAUCGGGAAAUCGGGCCGGGAAAUCGGGUCCCACUCGAUCAGGCGCUCGAUUAUAUUGAGUCAAUGGAAGUUUACCAAGAUCGCGAUGAAGAUGCUGAUCCAAGAGACAUAUUGGAAGAUGAACCGGUCGAUAUGCGACGGCCGCUAGUGGAAAUCUAUAAAGGGAGUGAAGUCGAUCUGAUAGAUGAUUAUGCGCCAGGAUUUCGCGAGGCGGAGGAGCAGGGUAACGGUUUAGCGAUCGGAUUUGAUUUGGAACGGAUACUUGCGAACGAGGGAAAUCCCCUGAUUAUUAGAGAUCAUGGAAGUGAUACUUAG